AUGGUUUCGACUAGAUUAGCUCCUUGUCAAUGCCGUUGUCGAGCGCUGGCGUCCGGAGACGCACACAUUCUACAUGCUGUUCGGGGAGUGCACAAUCACACUACAGGACGUGGCCUACCAGUUGGGUUGCCAGUGGACGGACGUUAUGUCAGUGGUUUCCUGACAGAUUUCCAGGUAUACAUCCAUGGUGGCCGUACGGCUUGGGUGUCAUUCCAGGAAUUGCUUUGUGUGUCACCUCCUGCGAACCAAAUUCAGAAGUUCGUAGUGAACUGCACUUGGUUCCAGGAGACUUUUGGAGAGUGCCCCGCAGGAGCCGAUGAGGAGACAGUAAAGCGCUUUGCUCGUGCCUAUAUCAUGAUGUUGUUGGGCACGCAGUUGUUUGCCGACAAGUCCGGCAACUGUAUUCACAUCAGAUGGCUACCUUACGUGGCUAGGAUUGAGGAGAUGGAUGGAUACAGCUGGGGGUUGGCGGCACUAGCAUGGUUAUACAGGUGCAUGUGCCGAGUGGCCAACAGGCAUGUGGUGAAGUUAGCAGGCCCGUUAUAG